AAUCAGUCCACUUGUCCAUGGGAAGCAAUGGAACAAGUUGACCAUGUCAACUACAAUACGCAGCCCCAACAAAAUCAGUUUGGUAAUUUCAAUCCUCAAGGAAGAAAUCAUCCCGGUUUUUCCUGGAGCAAUCAAAAUGGAGCUGCUAAUCCACAACAAACUUACCGAAGUGCACCACCCGGUUUCCAAAAUCAACAACAGCAAUUCAGAGGUGGACAAGGUGUUGUGAACUAGCAACAAUACAAACCUACCCAAAAUCUUCCAUACCAUUCAAAUCAACAACAAAAACCACUUCUACCCACUCCUGAAACAGCCCAAACUCCUGUCCUAGAAAACAUUGUUGACCAACUUCUCAAGUCCCAAUUAUCUCAAACCGAAACCCUGAAACAAAUCACCGAAGAACUUGGUCAACUUCGAGCUCACAACAGGAUGCUUGAAAAUCAAAUUGCUAAUCAAGCAUCUACAUCAUCAACUAAGGUGACGGGUAAGCUACCUGCUUGUCCUGAAAACCCGAGGGAGCAAAUGAAUGCCGUCACUACUCGGAGUGGGAAGCAACAUCAAUCCUUUCCUCUUUCUAAUGAUGAACAAGAACAUGAAGUGUUGGAGGAAGGGGUCGUGAAACAACAGAAAGGUGGAAACAACAACAAUGAACAUGAUGUCGGUACCAUGCCGAAAUCAACUGAUGACCGUGAAGGGUCUAAGAAACAAAGAGAAAGUCCGGUAAGGAAAUACAUUCCCCCAGUUCCUUAUCCGAACAGAUUGAAGAAAGCUAAUAUGGAGGAGCGGAGAACUAAAUUUUUGAAUGUUAUCAAGCAAUUGGAUAUCUCAAUUCCUUUGCUUGAUGCCAUUACAGAGAUUCCUUCAUAUGCUAAAUUUCUCAAAGACAUUCUCACAAAGAAGAAAGAGAAUCCAGCCACUGUUGCAAUGAGUCAAGAAUGCAGUGCCAUCAUCCAAAAUAAGAUCACACCCAAGUUACGUGAUCCUGGAAGCUUCUCAAUUCCAUGUACCAUUGGUGGAUCCAAACUUAACAAAGCUCUUUGUGAUCUUGGUGCAAGUGUUAGCUUAAUUCCUUAUUCACUAUGUCAAAAGCUACACUUGGGGGAUCCCAAACCAACAACAAUGGCAUUGCAAUUGGCUGAUCGAUCUGUCAAAUAUCCUAUCGGCAUUCUUGAAGAUGUUCCUAUCAAAAUUGACAAGUAUUAUAUCCCAGGAGACUUCGUUGUCUUGGAUAUGGAAGAAGAUGCCCGAGUUCCUGUUAUUCUCGGGAGACCUUUUCUAGCUACAGCAGGAGCUAUUAUCAAUGUCAAAAAGGGUACCCUUAUCCUUGAGAUUGGGGAUGAUAAGAUCGAAUUCAAUGUACAAGAGCUGAGUAAGGAUACACUUUGUGUCCUUGAUGGUUACUAUGUUGAUGUUAUAGACUCUUGUACUACUAAUACAUUUGAUGAGUCCUAUCGGCUUUCUAAAGAUCUCAUGGAGUACACCAUACAAGAAUCUAUUGUAGAUGAAAUGGUGAAUUUAUGUCUCGAAAUGUUGCAAAGCAUAUUUUUACCAAUGCCUAAAGCACUUAAAUUUGAAGUGCUUAAUCUUGAAGAUCAAUCCUUGAAUAUCAAAGGAAAAGCACCCAAAGUGAGAGACAAGAGGCAGCUUCUGUGUAUUGCCUCACUGAUCCGAAAUAUGAAUGAAG